UUGCGAACGGAUUACGCAGCUCCCUGAAAAAGAAGAAUCUGAAAAAAUUCGAUUUUUAAACAUCAUUUGAAUCGAAACGGACAAAACUGAAAGAUGAAGUUGGCGGAUCUGGAUGAGCAAUAUGCUCGCUUUCCGCAGAUUAAGCGCGAGGAGAUGCAAAAGUUUGUCAAUUGGAUUCAUGCCCAGCCGCACAUCUCCGCCCAGUUUUCCGAGGAGGAGGCGCUGCACUUUUUCUAUGCCUGCAAAUGCAGCAUGGAAAUGGCCAAACAGGUGCUGGACACAAAUCUGACGGCGCGCACUCACCUGGACGACUUCUUUGUGAAUCUGGACAUUGAAAGCAACGAACUGAAGCGUGCCAUGAAAACGGUGUCCAUAGUUCCACUGCCUGGCUCUACGCCUGAGGGUUAUCGAGUCAUUGUGGGCAAGCUGGAGGAUACGAAUGCAUCCAAUUUCAAUUAUGCGGAUAUCAUGAAACUCUACUGCAUGAUUUUCGACUAUUGGAUGUGCGAGGAUGGCAUACAGCCGGGACAUGUGAUUGUGAUUGACCUCAAAGGCUGCUCCUUGGGUCAUGUGGCGCGCAUCGGUUUACUUCAGAUGAAAAAGUUCCUUUUCUAUGUGCAGGAAGCUGCUGCCAUACGGCUGAUCGGUUUCCAUUUUAUCAACAUUGUUCCCUUUAUGGACAAGAUACUGGCGUUGAUGAGUCCAUUCAUGAAUAAGGAAUUAACCAGCAUCCUGUAUUUGCACAGUGAUUUGAACGAGUUCUAUAAAUUUGUGCCGCGCGAGCUGUUGCCGCAGGACUAUGGUGGACCACUCGAUGAGGCCAAGGUGUUGAGGGAUAUAUACUACAAGAAAUUAAUGGACAAUCGAAAGCAAAUGCUUGAAUUUGAGACGCGCCAUCAGGUAAACGAAAAGUUAAGACCUGGCAAGCCAAAGAAUGCGUCAAGUCUGUUCGGCAUCGAGGGUAACUUUAAGAAAUUGGAUAUAGAUUAAUAAUAAGAUUAUACAAUUCU